CAUGGACUAUGACUGCAGCUGUAGAGCACCGAAUAAAUCCUCCAUAACCCCUUCAACAGCAGCAAAACCUUUCGCUCUCAAAUGAUCAAAAUCAGAUAAUCGAAAUAGGGUUUCGAUUUCGUUUAUUUCUGAUAAAAAUGGAUUUUUUAAGAAGAUUACAGACAGUCCGAACUCUAUAUCGAACAUUUGAGCUUCAAGAAUCUACAUUUCUGCUUGGGAGCUCAAGAAGUUAUUCAAACAGUGUUUUAAACGUUCCUCGAUAUGACAGGUGGAGCAUUUCUUCUUACUUAUAUAAGGGCCAGAAUGCUCUUCCUUGGACUCAUGGAAGUACGAUGACAGUUCAUUCUACAAUGGCUUCCAAAUCUUUGAUAUAUUGGAAUGACAAAAGGUUGGCAACAACAGCAACGAAAGCCCCUGCACAAGGGCAGCAGAUGGUUGGUCUGAAAGCGUCCAUGUUGAGUCCUGGAUUCAUAUUUGAACCUUAUGCGCCUCGUGAAGCAAUGCCAUUUUGGCGGAGAUGGUUUACGAAAGAUGGAUGGAGAAGAACCAAAAAGGAUGUCAUUUUAGAGCUGAAAAGUUUCUAUGCCAUUACCAAGUUGAAGAAAACGGGAUAUACAAAACAGAAGUUCUACGAAGAGGCUGUAGCGAUGUAUAAAGAGAUUAACACUUUGCUGGUGAAUGAUGACAAAACUUCAUUAAGGAAAGCAGUUACUGAGAAUAUGUACUCUGAACUCAAGAAUGAAAUUAAAUUAAGAGAAUCCAUGUGGAGUAAGGUGCACUGGGAAUUGAUUGAACCAAUUGUUAAGAUUCGAACAUUGCGUGCUCGGCUGAUUGGUGUUGACCGAAAAGACCUCGAAAAAGUGUUCAUACAGCUUACAGUAGAGUUUCUGUCUAAGCAGAAAUUUGAGGCAUAUGAUUCAAAAGGUGCUGUUGUUGCUGGAGAUAAAACAAAGGAGGUUCUUGUCCGUGACAUCUGGGUACUUGAAAAAUCUCUCUUUCAUCCUGGAGCUUAUUGGCGUCUUUGUGGGCGGAUUAAUGUUUAACCUCACUAUGUUUGACUAAUCAUCAUUCUGCGUAACAGAUUACUAAUGCAAUGGUAUAUUUUGUUACUCAAUUUUGUAGACUGAAAAUCUUGUAAUUUAUUUAAUCUAUUUAUGACAAUAAUGCACUUUUUUUUUUGUGCACUCAGUUUGAGGCCUGGAUUCAGAGGAAUAAAUUCAAUUUUUGUAUUCCCCAAUUUACUAAUCUUCCUUUGAUGCAGCCCACUGCUAGUUUUGCUCUGUUGUUCUUCUGCCCUUAUGUAGUACUGAUGAUCAGAAGUUCUUAUUUUAACUUUCAGAUUAUCUAAUCGAAGUUUACAAAGAUCCUUGGAAGGGCUCCAGUGACUAACUGGCUUGGAUAUGAUUGGUGAUUUGGCCAUGGCAGUCCUGAAGCUGUUCUCCAUACAAGCCUGAGUGUUAUGCUUAUGCACUUGCAGUUUUGGGAGAGGUAUUGUUGUUGCUUGAAAGAGAAGCUGGUUUGAAAGAAAAGUUAUAUACACUUAUCCCUCAGCAGAAGAAAAGAAGAGAACAUUUUCCUAACAGUUUAUUCUUUCUAGCCAUCAACUUCCCAUAAAAGGAUCUCCUGAAAUUUCACGACUUGGGCAUCCAUUAAUUAUCUCAUUAUCUCAAUUCUCCUUCACAUAUGAAAAACUAUAAGCUAUCUGAUCAUGGAUCACAAAGAACACAAACUUGAAUUCCACCAACCUCUUGGCCUUUGCAAUAAGUUCUACAGCCUCGUGAAAUUCUUACCAACACAUCUCCUCCAGCUGCUAAUCUCUGGCCAGUCAACGCCUCGCUGUGUAGCUGACGCUGCUUCUGGAUUGAAUGCUUUGAGGACUGAAGCCAGCUCCAUAGCUCAAGAAAACCCUCCACAAGAAGGUGAAGAGAUAAUAUCCAAAACCAGCUCUGAUGUUCCCAUGAUCACUUCUAUUAAUGAGAAGGAUGCCUCCCAACUACUUGAAGACAGUGAUAUUGCUGCCAGGACUCAAGUUCAAGAAGAGGAAGCACCACCAAAUAAAGCUCCAAAGAAAAUGGUUAGCAUAAAUGAGAAUGUAGAAACAAUAAAAAUAAGCAAGAAGAGAAACAGAAAGCUGAAGCUGCAGGAAGCAGAUCAGAAAAUGCCUUUGAAAUCAAUUUUAAAGGUGCCUUUUGAUGCUGGUAACUCUCAAGAACCACUAGGGCUUCUUAGUUGUGCUAAUGGUGCAUGAACUACACACACACUCUCUCUCUCUCUCUCUCUCUCUCUCUCUCUCUAUAUAUAUAUAUAUAUAUAAAAUUAGCACUGUCUUCCUUAUUAUCAAUGUAAAUAGUGAGUAUUAACUCAUUUAGAUGUCUCGAAAUUAUUCAAGAGGUUUUUGGGUUGAAUCUGUUUACUCAAGAUUGAGGGUGUUUGAAUAUGUUUGAUGCUAAAAAUUGUGUCAAUGAGAAAUACAUCAAAUACUUUUGUGUAAUUUAGUGUAGUUAAUAGUGAAAAUGAUAACGAUUUUAAAUUGGUUUGACA